AACAAAGGUAAGAGCUUCAAAAUAAAUAAAUAAAAGCUUAAACUAAAAGUUGUUAAUUUCUAAAAGCGCUUCUCUGAAAAAGGUAAAAAGCACGAACACUAACAGUCUCCACCACAAUGGAAGAAGAUGAAGACAUGACACCCUUUUGGCUUCAAUCCACUACCACCACCACUUCAACCGCCCGCCGCUUCUCUUCCCUCCUCCGCAACUUGGGCGUCCUCCUUCUCAUCUUAUUAGUCAUUGCAGCUGCGUUCAUCUUCUUCAUCAUCCCCUCCUUCCUCUCCUUCACCUCCCAAAUCUUCAGGCCUCACUCGGUGAAGAAAAGCUGGGACACUCUCAAUCUCGUCUGGGUGCUUUUCGCCAUCGUUUGCGGCUUCCUCAGCAGAAACGACGCCACUAAUGAAACUCCCAGAAGCGCUUCUUCGCUAAGUGCUUCUCCUUCUUAUGUUCAAAAACCAAGCUUUGAAAGCAUCACCAUCCCAAGUAGAGGACGGUUCAGUAAUAGUAAUAACAAUGGCGGUUUGAACAGGCUGAGAAGCUUCAGAUCUUACCCGGAUCUCCGAGCUGAAGAGGCUUCAUGGAUGAGAAGUGAAAGUGAUUAUCAAUGGCGGUUUUAUGAUGAUACCCAUUUGUAUAAUUAUCGUUCUUCGAGCUUAAAAGAUCAGCCUUUUCAUGAGUUUAAGCCUCAUCAACAAAAGUUCCAGGAUCAGAAGGAAGAACAUGUGGUUGAAGAGGCUGUGAAUAGAGUUGAUGAUGAUAUCUCUGCUACUACCACUUUUAUUGUUGAAACACAAAAUGAAAUUGUGUAUACGCCGCCUCCUCCUGCUACACCAUUGCCUAAGGUGGUGAGGAGGAAAGUGGUGAAGAGAGCAACAACUUCUCAAGAUGUUGCAAAGAGUUGUGCAGGGAAGAGAAAAAUUGAUGAUGAUUUGGGUAGUGGUACUUCUUCACCGCCGCCACCACCUCGACCACCGCCUCCUCCGCCGCAGGUGGAAGAGGGUGAGAGAAGGAAUGAGAAAAAGAGAGGGACAAGUUCAACAAAAGAGUUCUUGAAUUCACUGAGAAGAAACAAGAAGAAGAAGAAACAAAGGCAAAAGAGCGUUGAGAAUCUUGAUAUUUUCUUCAACUAUGAAUCAACCUUUCCUUUGCCAUCGCCGCCACCACCGUCACAACCACCACCCCCUCCGCCGUCACCACCGUCACAACCACCUCCCCCUCCCCCGUCACCACCUCAUUUUUUCCAAAAUCUUUUCUCCCCGAAGAAAAGAAAAGCAAAGAAAACCCACUCAGUCCCUCCACAAAAAACUAUACUUUACUCAUCUUCAGCUUCAAAACCACAACUUUUAUCCCAAAAUUUUUCCAAAAAUGUACCUUCGACAACCCACAAAUCGCCAUUGCCAGUCAAGAUAAACAGUUACAACAAUGUGGAGGAGACUGUGAGCAGCGGCAAUGAAUCACCAUUGAUGAGCUCAAUUCCUCCUCCACCACCAUUGCCUCCCUUCAACAUUCCAGUGCGGAAUUUUGAGGUGGUGGAAGGAGACUUUGUAAGAUUAAAGAGCAACAAUGACAGUGAUUUUGAUGAGGCUAAUGCUGAGGAAUCAUCUAGUCCAUCAGUGGCUGCAGAUUUUGCCACCUCAUCACCAUUGUUUUGUCCAAGCCCUGAUGUUAACACUAAAGCUGAUAACUUCAUUGCCAGGUUCAGAGCUGGCUUGCAACUUGAGAAGAUGAAUUCCUUCAAGGAAAGAGGCAAGUCAAAAAUUGGCCCAAGCUAGAGUUGAAUUUUGUUAUUCAUUUACUUUUUCAAAGUUUAACUAUACAUAGAAACAUUACACAUAGGAAAUCUAUUUAAUCUUAAGCAUGUUUAUGGGUAUUAUAUAUGUAAUUCAGGUUGUGGCAUUGAUUUUUUCAUAAAAGAGAGUUCUUAUA